CAAAAUCUACUUGUGUAAUACCCAAAUUACCCUUCAUCAUGUUCCUCCCCGAUUUACCUGUUUCCCAGUAAUCAAUUGGCCCUAGAUUUUCUCCUCAAAGCUCCCAUUGAUCCAUGUCUGGAAAUUAACUUCUUUUUCACUUGAUUUUUCUACAUGAACUUGAUUUUCAUGGGCUAUAUGAUCAUUGAUGGAAAUUAAUAUAGAAAUAGAAGUUGACAGUAAGCUAACAAUUGAAUCGUAAUCUUGAAGAAAUAUUUUCAAUUAAAUUCCACCAAAAUCUUAAAGUUCAAUCAAUCACCCUCAUUUCUUCAAAGUCACUCUCUCUCAAAUUAGCUUACAAAAUUUUCUAUCUCAAGAAGUUGUUUUGACGGAGGGAGGGGGGAAAAUGAAGCAGCUGACGGCGUUGCAGCAGCAGGCCCGCAGGAGCAACAGUUUUCGAGGUGCAUCUUUGCCGUUGGACACCUCUGUGGAUGGCGCAAUUAAGUCGCCGGCGACGAUGUUUUGGCUAGUUUUUCACGGUCUUUGCUGCCUCAUUAGUCUAGUCCUUGGAUUCCGAUUCUCUCGUAUUGUAUUUUUUCUAUUCUUCUCCACUUCUUCCCCUUCCGCCACUACUAAUCUCUACUCAGCACUCGGAACAACAUUGGCAUCAUCCGUCACUACUUCACCUCCAGCGAUGAAUGGUACAGCGGUUGUGGUUGGCGGUGGGAGUCGAGUGGUGGUGGGCAGGCACGGGAUACUGAUACGGCCGUGGCCACAUCCAGAUCCGGCAGAGGUAAUGAAGGCGCACCACAUAAUCGAGAGGGUUCAGCGAGAGCAAAGAGUUCAGUAUGGGGUUAAGAGCCCAAGGACUAUAAUUGCAGUAACGCCGACUUAUGUAAGGACCUUCCAGACGCUUCAUCUCACCGGUGUAAUGCACUCCUUGAUGAAUGUGCCCUAUGAUGUUGUCUGGAUCGUGGUGGAAGCUGGUGGAACCACUAAUGAAACCGCUGCGCUAAUUUUCAAAUCUGGCCUCAAGAUUGUGCACAUUGGAUUUAAUGUCAGAAUGCCUACUUUGUGGGAGGACAGGCAUAAGAUGGAGUCUAAAAUGCGAUUUCACGCUCUAAGAGUUGUGAGAGAGAGGAAAUUAGACGGGAUAAUGGUGUUUGCAGAUGAAAGUAAUAUGCAUAGUAUGGAGUUAUUUGAUGAGAUCCAGAAUGUAGAAUGGUUUGGAGCAGUUUCGGUUGGGAUUCUUCCACACUCAGGUGGUUCUGAAGGAAUAGAGUUAUCAGCGGCUUCGAGAGAGGAUAAUGACAAAAAUGAGAAUUCACAAAUGCCAGUUCAGGGUCCUGUUUGUAAUUCUUCAAACCAGUUUGUAGGAUGGCAUACCUUUAAUAUGCUGCCAUUAAUGGAGAGGAGUGCAAGGUAUGUUGGUGACAGGGCAGUCGUGUUACCAAGGAAGCUGGAGUGGGCUGUGUUCAUUUUGAAUUCGAGGUUAGUGUGGAAGGACAUUGAAGAUAAGCCCGCUUGGGUUAAGGAUUUGGAUGUGGUUGGUAGGGAGAGAGAGGAUAUUGAGAGUCCAUUGUCUUUGUUGGAGGAUCCUUCUGUGGUAGAGCCUCUUGGAAGUUGUGGGUGCAAAAUUAUGCUGUGGUGGCUACGAGUUGAAGCACGUGCAGACAGCAAAUUUCCUGCCAGGUGGGUAAUUGACCCCCCAUUGGAUGUAACCAUCCCAGCAAAACACACGCCAUGGCCAGAUGCUCCUCCUGAACUCCCAACUUCUGAUGUAAAAGUGAUCAGCAUCCCAGAGAACCCAGAGAAACGUGUGACCAAAAGAUCAACAAGAAAACGCAAUUCCCGAAGCAAAAGGAAGCGUGUACCCAAAGUAUCAGAUGAACAUGUUUCCAAAAGGCAAUCUGGGGAUAACUAGAAUAUUUUCAUGACUAUAAGCAAGCCUUCAACCUGAGAACUUUGAUGAUGACAAGACGACUAUUCUUGUUGAGUAAAUACAGAGGCAUAUGUUCCAUGUACCUUAGCUGGUCGAUACAUGUACAUCUUAAGUUGGUUACAUCUAAUUUUUGGAUCGUCUUUUCAAGUGUUAUUUGAUUUCUUUUUUUUCAUUGAUUGUAUUUUGGUGUUGUCUAGAGUUUUACGACGGAUACCUGCUACACUUGCCAGUUGGCAGAAAUCUCGUGUUCGAUACAUAAUUUUUCGAAAUAGAAAUCAAAUAUCUAUUCAGUC